UCAAGAGCUGUCAUCAAAGCCGGAAACAUUUUGAUGCCUAUACAAAAAAAGUUAUACACAAACAACAUGGUGGAUCAGCUGUUUUCAUUUUUCUUACAUUGGAUUUUGUUUUGAUAAAACGGCGUAUUGUUAUGGUUUCAUAGCCAUGUGUGAAUUAAAAUGGGCUCCAUCGCAUCUGUGCUGCAAUGGCAUUGUCAGACAUGCGGCCAAAUCAACCCAACGGAGAGUGUGAAGUGUUUAAAAUGCUCAACAAAACGUAUAUCGAACCAUGACAGUGAGCAUUCCAAAGGAAUUUACAAAGGAGAUUCUUCGCCGGAAUACAAUUCACGUACAGGAAAAAGCGAAGGAACUACUCCUGGUUCAGAUCCCAUUGUUAUACCCACGGAAAAUCAUUUCAAUAGCGGAUGGUCGUGCGUGGGGUCGGCGCCGGACGCGAGCCGCGCGUGGCGCUGCAGCUGCGGACUGCGCAACGUGUCCGCCGCCUGGCGCUGCGCCGCGUGUGACGCGCUAGCGCCGCACGCGCCCGUCUACAGAUUGUCGGACGAUGAGGACCAGGCCGCAGGAAUGACGGACAAGGACAAGGCAGCUAAGGACAACACUAUGAUAAGAUCUAAUACAUUGGCUGUUCCGUCUUACAAGCCCGCAUCAAGUUUCACCGAAGGUCGACCAUUAAAUCUAGACCUGCAAUCCUUAAGGUUAUCCCCCACUCAACUCACAGCCAACGCGCACGGUGUGACCAGGUCUUUAUCUCACGGGUCCGUUAUCAACUCCCAAAACAAGUGGUGGAAAGUCGACGACACCCGAUGCACCAUAAACAGACCCACAAGUUUAAUGGUCUCUGAAAGAUACGGAUAUAACACUCAAUACCACCCUAGGGAAUCUUUCUUGAGGAGUCUUCACACUGUCACAAGAAAGCCGAAGAAAUCUGAUAGCAAAUCCAAUUGGGAGUUGAAUUAUGUGAAGGAGUAUCAAAGGGAACAAAGUAAAGCUUUGCAUUUGAAGAAGUGGGCGUGUAGUAAGUGUACUCUAGAGAAUAGCGGAAUAAGGACUCAUUGUGAAGCGUGCUUGUCGCCAAGGAUAUCUCCGUUAGCGAGAAUACCGAAUUCAAGAGGGCUCAGUGUCACUACUUUGGGAAGACAUGAGACUUUUAAUCGAGACGGAGCUACAUCUUUGCCCAGUUCUGGAGGUGUUAUGAUAACUGUACCAGAUUGGCCACAAACUGGAAGUGCUAUAGGAUCGUUCAGAAGGUCGAUAAGUGCACAGAACUCCCCGGAAAUCAGACCGACAUAUAGAAGAUCUUUCUCUGAACAGACUAACGAAAGAGCGGUAGGAAAAGUCAUAUCCAGUAGACGUAGUUUGAAUGAGUAUCAGAAAUCUUUGGCUAACUAUUGCAGUAUAUCAAGGUCCGAUGAGAGGAAACUACCAAUAGUCGACAAGAAGGUCGAGGAAAACCACGUGGAAAUCGAUAAGGAAUGCAGUUGGGACACGAAUGCUGAGGGGGUCAUAUAUGCGCUGCCAAAUAAGGGCAAAUACAAAGAUUUAAAUUUGCAGCUGCAGGUGAAUAAUAACGGCACUAGGUAUUCGUAUGUUUCCGUUCAGGAUACGAAAACCGUGAUGAGUAACUCCCAAAACGAAGCUUUAUAUUCCAAUGAUAUAAGUGACGGUGACUACGCCAGAAUCGAUGAGUUGUUAGGCGCGGAGAACUGUAUUUCGCCAGUGACUGAUAGUGGUGCGUGUAAUAUAAGGACUUCACAUAUAAGUGCUUCGGUGCCGAAGGAUCCGAGCACCAAAGUGUUCAAUAUGUUGCCCUCUAUUGGGAAAGUGGCGCACAAUCCGCGCGAACCGUCAAAAGUGCCUUCAUCACAGCAACAGCCUAACCGUGAAAACCGCAUGUGGCAAUGCAACGAAUGUUGGUUCGCAUACAACGCGUGGUGGGCGCGCGCGUGCGACGUCUGCCGCAGCGGCAGAACGCCGCGCGCGAACGUCACUAUUGCUUCCACCGAAAAUAGUUCUAGAUCAACAAUCAUGUCGUGCGAGGCGAGUAGCAGUGAUAAGGAGUCGAACCUGAGCCGUCAUGAGACCAAGAAGUUGACCGUGCCUAUAGCGUCGCUAGACCACGACUUGAACAGUGACGAAUUGCUGUUUGCUGUUGAUUCGAGCCCCGCCCCGCCGCUGACGUGGUCAUGCGUCCGGUGCACCCUGGUGAACGAGGCGGGUGCGGCGACGUGUGCCGCGUGCGCCGGAUCCAAACCGUUAGCACACAGUUACUGGACGUGCAGUUCGUGCACGCUACAGAACGCAGCGCGCGCGCCGCAGUGCGCCGCGUGCAGGACGCCGCGCGUGCCGCCGCACGCGGACGCUAGCCACGUGCCCGCCUCCCCAGGGGGCCGCAGUCCGUCGCCGCGGCGCCCCCCGCGGCCCACGCCCGCGUUGCCGCGGCGCGGAUCCAGACACAAGACCCCGCCCCCCGAACAUAAACCAGAAACGACAGAAUGGUCGUGUACAGAAUGCACGUUCGCAAAUACGGGUUCGUCGCAAUCGUGUGAGAUGUGUCAGUCUCCGCGAACUAGAUUGCUGCCUGCAGCUCCCGACCAGCCUUCACUAGACGAUGAUGACUCGCCGGAAGGAUCAGACGGGGAAAGACAGGAAAGUACACCAAUGGAAAUACUAAGGCUUCGGGAAGAGAGCCACGCGUGGACGCAGUGGCAGGAAGUGCUGGCGCAAUGUGCCGCGACGGGGUCCCCUUACAUCGACGAGUCGUUCCCCGCCUGCCCCCGCUCGCUGUACUACAGCGGGGAUGAAGCGGGGGCGGCGGCGAGGUGGCUGCGGCCCCAUCAGAUACACGUAGACGCCGAUCACAGGCUGCCUUGGGUCGUGUUCCGGGAACCACGACCGUCUGACAUCUCACAAGGAGUGCUCGGCAACUGCUGGCUGCUGUCGGCGCUGGCGGUGCUGGCGGAGCGCUCGGCGCUGGUGCGCGGCGCGGUGGUGCGCGGCGACCCCGCCGUCGGCGCCUACCAGCUGCGGCUCUGCAAGGACGGCCGCUGGCUCACCGUCACCGUCGACGAUCUGCUGCCGGCCAACAAGAAGGGACAUCUGGUGUACUCCCAGGCAAAAAGGAAACAGCUUUGGGUUCCCCUGAUUGAGAAGGCUGUGGCCAAGCUUCAUGGCUGUUACGAGGCUCUAGUCUCAGGAAGAGCUAUUGAAGGCCUAUGCACACUAACGGGGGCGCCCUGCGAGUCAGUGUCGCUGCAGGCGGGCGGGGCCGGGGGCGCCGGGGGCGCGGGGCUCCCCUUGGAGCAGUUGGACCGCGACCUCGUGUGGGCGCAGCUGCUGUCGUCCAGGCAGGCCUGCUUCCUCAUGGGAGCUAGCUGCGGCGGCGGGAACAUGAAGGUCGACGAAGAGGAAUACCAACGGUUAGGCCUACGCCCCCGGCACGCGUACUCUGUUCUCGACGUGGUAGAACUUCUAGAAGCUUCCACCCCUACUCGCCUUUUACGGCUACGGAACCCGUGGGGGCACUACACGUGGCGGGGCGCGUGGGCGCACGCGUGUCCGCGGUGGACGGAACACGCCAAGCGUGUUUUACAACAUGAUGAUAGGGAUCAAGGAGUGUUUUGGAUUAGCUUCGAUGAUGUUCUCAAAUACUUCGACUGUAUAGACAUAUGUAAAGUGCGUAAUGGUUGGCACGAGGUGAGACUAGCUGGUAUCCUGCCUCCCAUGUCCUCCACCAGACAUCUGACGUGUUUGCUGCUCACUGCCACACAACCUACUGAAGUCGACUUCACAUUAUUCCAGGAGGGUCAAAGAAACUCCGCGAAAAGUCAGCGGUCUCAAUUAGACUUGUGCGUGGUCGUGUUCAGAACUAAGUCUGGACCGAACGCGCAAGUUGGCAAAUUAGUCGCACAUAGCAAAAGACAGGUCCGCGGAUUCGUGGGCUGUCACAAGAUGUUAGAAAAAGGUUUUUACCUGGUCGUCUGUCUGGCUUUCAACCACUGGCAUACUGGCCUAGAACUAGCGCACAGUUCAGCCUGGCCUAGACACGUUUUGGCUGCACAUUCGUCGAAACCUUUGAGUGUUGAGAGACCUUCGCUCCACCCACACAUAUUGGCCGAUGCCAUUAUCGGUCUGACGUUAGCUAGAGGACAAAGACACGAAGGCAGGCAGGGAAUGACCGCAUAUUAUUUGACUAAGGGCUGGGCGGGUUUAGUCGUAAUGGUCGAAAACAGACACACAGACAAGUGGAUCCAUGUGAAGUGCGACUGCCAGGAGAGUUACAACGUGGUGUCCACGAGAGGAGAACUCAAGACUAUAGAUUCUGUGCCUCCGUUGCAUCGACAAGUGAUAAUAGUCCUGACACAACUGGAAGGUAGCGGCGGUUUCUCAAUAGCGCAUCGUCUCACGCACCGGCUGGCGGCGGGCGGACGCCUGCAGGACUGGGCGCCGGCGCCGGACUCCGAGCGCCACCGGCCGCCGCUGCCGCGUCGGCUGUACGGCUUGCACGCUCCCAGGCUCAUCACGUAGCGAGGAUUGUCCCAUGAACAUCUGUAAUCGGAAAACUGACGGGAGUGCGCGCGCGCUUCUUCACUGGACGGCAGCUUCUUGGUGGUAAAUAAUAUACACCCAAUGAUACAUACAAAAAGACUAUGAUAUAAUGACCUUUUAUAAUUUACUAAAUAAUAAUACUUUUACGUAUUUACUGUACGUUUCGCUAUUGUUACUGUUACUGUGAAUAUUUCGCUUAGGUGAUAGGUAGACAUAAGCAACAUUGUUUUUAUUGCACAGAUUAUUUAAAAUUAGUUAUUACACAAUGACACAAGUGAUUUUAUUUCAUGUAAUGAUAGGACAAUGUGCUUUAACCGUACAUGAUAAAAAGACGAAAAUAUCUAAAGGUCCACUUGCAUUUUUACGGGAUUAAUUCAGGAUAAAUAAAGUUUUAAAUAGGCUUUCCUAUUAUAAAAAUCUCCUACUGUCGGUGUCUGUCUGUUCGCGAUAAACUCAAAAAUUGCAGCACGGAUUUUCAUGGGGUUUUCAGCAAUAGGUUGUUUUGAUUCUUGAGGAAGGUUCAGGUGCAUAAUUUAUUAUGUUUUUAUCCGUGCGAAGCCGGUUCGGGUCGCUAGUAUAAAAUAAAGGGAAUCGGUUUUAUGUUUAUAGUUAUUACUUUUAUGUAUUUUGCUAGUUUCUUCCCAAACAGUGUGUUGGAUAUAUCAAAGAGCCACGUCCCAUUGCUCAAGUCAUGCUUUGUUGUUUCCUAUCCGUCGAUAGAUAACGUUGAAAUUUAAAUGGAUCUGUUAUACGUGUCACACAUGCAUUUUGACUUAUUUCAUAAAAUAAUACUGAGAUGAAAAAAUUCCCGCUCGAUUCCAGAAUUUUUUCAUGUCAUUGUUAUUUUCAACGCAGAAAUCGUAUGAAGAUUUGCGGUACGUCAAUGCGUGGUCAAAAUCUAUCGUAAGCAACGGAGCACGACGGUGCUACAACUUAUUGAUUCGUCGACUGAGCAAUGUGACAUGACUCUAACCCGAUAAGAUUAAGAUUUUUGCUUGAAAAAAAAAUUCAAAUGUUUAUUUCCAUUCACAUGAAACACUAUAAUUAAAUCUCUUUAAUCGUUGCGUGUUCACGGUUACAUUGGGAGCUGUGACGCUCCGAAGCCCAGGGUACGUGUAAAAAAUCGAACAAAUAAAUUUUGAUUUAGCUAUACAUUUCCAAACUGUCUGACGUCCACUCUGUGGGCGUCAUAUUGCUGCCUAUCAGCUAUUUAGGCAUGUGUCCCUUAGUCGCCUCGUACGACAUUCACGGGAGGAUUUGGACACCACACGUCGGAACACGAUAAUUAAAUGUAACUUAAUUAAAUGAGAACAAAAAGAUAGUACCUAAAUUGUAAUAAUAAAUUGAUCUCUUUUAUUAAUUACGUGUAAUAGAAUUAAAAUUGUUUUUAAAUGAUCACAUUAUCUGUGCAAUUUAUAUCAAUAACUCAAUUAUGUGCAUUUACUAUAUAGUACAUAGCUUAUAGUUGUGAUAAGCGUUAGCGAAAAUAGUUUUAUCACUAUCCUAUAUAUAUAUAUAUUAAAAAAAAACAAAAAUUGUUAAAGGCAACCGACUAUUUAAGGCUGUAAUAACAAAAAAAAAUAUUUCCAAUAAUUAAGUUUGGAAUAAUGUAAACCAAAUAGAAGUGUCAUUGGCCUUUUAAUAUUGUCACCAUCAUCGUGACGUAACGCAAAGGACUGAAUUAAAAAUUCCCGUUUCGAUACGACAUCGAUACCUUUAUGAAGCUAGUAGAAUUAUUGUAGCACACACUUCGCCGAAACGAAUAUUCCAUACGUACAGUGAAACAUCGCAUCAAGUUACCGUGCAUAAACCUUAUAUAUUGAGAUAUUGGGCAGGUUGGUAUGCUGUUGACUGUACGAGUUUUUAGCGAGAGAAUUUGUUUUAUAUAAAUGACACCAGUUGACACUUCUAUUAUCCAAAUAUUCGUGUAAAAACAUAGCAGCCGUGUUAGUACAUAUAAUAAUAGUAUUUUUGCACGAAUGUAUAGUACUACCAUACUGAUAAGUCGAUUAGACAAUGUGCGAUGGCGUAGAAUACUAUAUCCAAGUCACAUCAAACAAAUAACGACCUUAUUGCAAGUACAUAAAAUUUUAUAUACAAAGAUAUUAUGACUGGUACUGUCGCGUUAAAAAUACUUUUGUUCGAGUACGUUGCAACCAAUAGCGGACGAGUUCGGCGCGCUACGAUUGGCCGUAACAUUUUAUUGGCUGAGAUGUUUUCGAUGUAAAAUAAUAUUUCUGCGCAGUACAUCGCUGUGACUUAUAAGAGUGGUUGUAUUGUACGUUUAUGUGUAUUGUCUAUGUACUUAUUCCAACCAGUGAUAACAAUAUAUAUAUAUAUAUAUACUCAUGAAAUUUUUGGCUAUAUUUAAAAUAUUGUUGCAAUAUUUUUAGCUAUAAUUAUUUCUGAUGUAAUAAGCUUGACGUAAUUUAUUUUAAUGCCAAUUAUUUACGAUAUUUCGUAUAAUAUUUAGGCUAUGAUUUAUUAUGAACUCGUGUUUAAAAAUUGUGGUCGUUUUUUUUUUUUUAAUGUUACGACUAUUUUAAUGAAGGAAUGUUAUCUUAGCAAUGUAAUAUAAUUCACUGAUUUAGAUUAGUAAGUAGACGUGUGACUCUUUUAAUUGUCAUGUUUUAUUUAUGUCAUUGGCUUACUCCAACUUGAUAUUCCGUGUGAAUAUAGUUUAAUUUUAGGUCCUGUUUCACUUGCUGAUAAAGAAUCUAUAUAGCCUAUAUGUAGCAUGUGUUGGAUAGGCGCAACUGGCAAAUUAAUAAUUAAGGCAGCUUUAUCUGGCAGCUAUUUUAUUUGUCAGAUUAUAAUGUGAUAUUUUAUCAGAAAGAGGUUUAGUAUAUUAUAGUUUCUCCCCGUGCUUCGACAUUUUUGGUCAAUUUUAGCGGACUUUUAUCACCUACGUACAAAAAAAGAACUUAAAGACGAAAAUAUCUUAUCAAUUCACCUGAGUUGGACUUAAAAUGAAUCGACUUAAAAAUUAUUUUUCGUUCCACGUGGUACCAACCAGACCAUCAAAGCGGAGUAAACCAUUUUAUUUUUCAUCACUAUGUUUAAAAAGACAUGUAUAAUUGUAUUGUGAUUGAUAUCGAAUUCUCAUUCCAUUAAUACUCAUUAAUUAAGUGAUUUUAAUUGAUAUUUGUUGGUUAAUUUAUCGAUUCUU